AUAAAAAAGCUAGUUAUUUUAUUACCGUUUAAAAUAUUAUGAAGCCAGUUAAUUGUAUUUCACAGUUUCAUCGGUUAUUACUUAAUAUAUUGAAGUUAAAGAAUACGCGAUUUUAUUUCUUUAGUGCCAUUUAAAUACUGCGAAGUGAGCAUUUGGUUUACGUUUGAAUUAUUAUUACUAUGGCUAUAGUUUCUUAUCCGAAGAAAACAUCAGCAGAGUGGUUUAUUGAACAAUUAAAUGUUGAAAAUGCAAAAUUAUUAGCUUUCGUGCUAGUGCUAGGUUUUAUUGGAUACCAUGGUAUUUUACAUCUCCGAUACGGUCCUGACUCCUGUACAUGGCUGCUCACAUCAGGGAGGUACAAAGGUGAUCAUGAGUGGCAGCCGUAUGGAUGUAUGUUGCACAAAUACUCUAAAACAGAUGCAAGACGAUGCCUGCGUUACUUGGCUUUUUGGGGCAAAUACAACAGUUUCGCGUUUAUCGGCGACUCACGACUCGAACAAUUGUACGAGUAUUUUAUUGGUGUCCUUAAAACAAGAUCAGAUUUGGACUCAUCGUAUUCAACGAUAGACCACCGUAUGCCUAACUAUACAUAUGUGGACAGCAAACUGAAACUGUUUGUCACAUUUAUAUGGAGUAAUGAUGUGUCCAAGACCAUGGUUGAUCAGUUCCGAGCUUGGCAGCGUUCAAACCGACCUCCAUCAGUGAUAGUGGCCAGUACUGGUCUCCAGUUGGUAAAGAACCGGAACACAACGGAUGUUAUACUGGAGGAAUACAAGAGGAAUCUAACACAAUUAGUUCAGCCUAUAGACGCGCUCGCGUCGCGCGGUACACAAGUACUGUGGAAACUUCUAGAGCCUGUUGAUACAACACUUAUAAAGGAUGAUGUGAAGAUCAAUAAUCAUGAUAUUGAUGCUUACAAUAGCGCUGCGAUGGAGAUACUCCGUCACAGCGAGGCGCGUGUGUGGGGCGCGGCGCGGCUGGUGGCGGCCGGGUCUGCUGGGGGCGAAACCCUGACGCGUACCGCGCUGCGGCACUGUGCGCAGAUCCUGCUCAACAUGUUCUGUAAUGAUCACAUGAACUUCAACGAUGGCUCGUGCUGUGCUCAGCCGGAGUCCUACACGCAGCUGCAGAUGCUCACCUUCGCAUUGUUCCUGCUCUGCGCAGUCGCUGCCAGUUUGAGAUACAUAUGGCGGUGGUCGCAGAACAUAAAGCAGAAGAUGGAUGGCUACGCGCUGGUGAACCAGCCCACUGUGGUGCACCCACCAUCUCCCGUGCUGGCUCUGGCUAAACUCGGCAUGAUCAUGGCCUACUUCUAUCUCUGCGAUAGAACAAACUUCUUCAUGAAAGAGAACAAGUAUUACUCGGAAUGGAGUUUCUGGCUGCCUGUUGGAUAUGUGUUUGCUUUGGGAUUGUUCUUUACUGAUGAUUCAAGGUCAAGCAGAGUUCUACACAGAAAUCAAACAGAUGAAUGGAAAGGUUGGAUGCAGCUUGUGAUUUUAGUAUACCAGGUGACGGGGGCAAGCAAAGUGCUUCCUAUCUACAUGUUGGUGCGCGCACUGGUCUCCGCUUACCUCUUCCUGACAGGCUACGGACACUUCUACUACACUUGGAAGACUGGAGACACCGGCCUGGUCAGAUACUUCAGGGUCAUCUUCCGGCUGAACUUCCUCACUGUGGUGUUAUGCUUGACGAUGAAUAGACCUUAUCAGUUCUACAGUUUUAUACCACUUGUGUCUUUUUGGUAUACUUUGGUAUUUGUAAUAUUCGCGCUUCCUCCUCAUAUAACUCAAUCUUCCUCGCACACAGUGGAGUCCAAGCCUUAUCAAUAUUUAUAUAUAGCGCUGAAGAUAAUGGGUCUGCUGACAAUAGUGACAGUGCUGUACAUGAGCGAGGUGUUCUUCCAGAAGAUAUUUGUGACAAGGCCAUGGAAGGCUCUCUUUGUAAACUCCGAUGAUGAUAUACAUCAGUGGUGGUUUAUGUGGAAACAAGACCGGUAUUCAAUGGCGUACGGUAUAAUAUUUGCAACAGCAUAUCUCCUCGCGCAGCGCUACAACCUCCUCGACGACAACAACCACAGCAAUCUGUUCACUCCGGGAUUGUCUCUCACAGCAACAUUACUUGCAUUCAUCGGCAUCGGUACAUAUGUCACAUUCACAUUUCUAUGUAACAAUACAUUUGAUUGCAAUGAGAUACACAGUUACGUGGCAUUUCUACCUAUUGUUAGCUAUAUUAUAUUACGUAACGUCUCCGGAGCUUUAAGAACAAAACAUUCAAACCUCUUUGCAUGGUUCGGGACAAUCACAUUGGAGUUGUUUGCGAGUCAGUCACAUAUUUGGCUCGCAGCGGACACACAUGGUGUGUUAGUUUUAAUACCGAGUGCACCAAUACUUAAUCUUAUUUUAACUUCUUAUAUAUUUAUUUUUACUGCCCAUGAAAUACAUAAAUUAACAUCAAUAAUUCUGCCGUAUGCAGUGCCCGAUGAUUGGCGUUUAGUUUUGAGGAAUUUUGCUAUAUUUCUAGCUAUUUUAGUACCUAUCGGUAUUCAUGAUGGUAUGUUCUAGAUCUAGAUUUUUAGGAUAUCUUUUGUAUAAAGUUUUUUCAUAUAUUUGUGUGCGAUAGUCAUUAUUAGUGAUAAAUAAGUUGGCUUUUAUCAGUACAAUUUUUAUUAGUAAAUUAUUUUCUUGAUAGAAACAUUCCGUAUUCGAAACAUGUUUUUAAACAUUGAAAA